GGGUUGGUUGAGGGAACUCGGGGAGAAGAGAGAGGAGUGGGUCGGGCCUCUGCGGGAGGACCCUAGAGGCUCCUCCGGCCUGGCAGUCCCACAUGCGGAUACCCGAGUCCGGUGUCUUCCGGCCCAGGGGCGGCUGAGGCCCCGGAGACAAGGGAGGGGGCAGGAAGCAAGGCUCGAAACUAACGCUCCCGGAGCAGGUGAAUUUCAGGUUUCAUAAGAAAGCCUGGUUAAACAGGGGACUGCCCUUCACCCAGAGUAAUGUCAGUGUUUAGGAACCUGUUCUGCCCCCAGAAAGCUCCCAAUCACUGGUUUGAUGAAUGAGUUUAUUUUCUCCCCUGAAGUUUGUCUUCCAACCCUGAAGCCCAUCUCAAGAACUAGUACUCUAAGGAAACCCGAUGGGACCUCUCCAGAUUGUCCCCAGCCGAUUAAUCUCCCAACUGUAUUGUGGAUUGAAAUCUCCAGCUGCCACAGGAACCAAGAUACGCCUAAUGAUGGCUCGUCCAAGUUCAGAUAUGGCUGAGUUUCGGAAGUGUUUUGCAAAAGCCAAGCACAUAGUCGUCAUUUCAGGGGCUGGCAUUAGCGCUGAGAGUGGGAUUCCGACUUUCAGAGGGGCCGGAGGUUAUUGGAGAAAGUGGCAAUCUCAGGUCCUGGCCACUCCUGAGGCCUUUGCCCAAAACCCGUCCCUAGUGUGGGAGUUCUACCACUACCGGCGGGAAGUCAUACAGCGCGUAGAGCCAAACCCUGGGCACCUCGCCAUCGCCAAGUGUGAAGCCCGGCUCCGUGGGCAGGGCCGCCGGGUUGCAGUCAUCACCCAAAACAUUGAUGAGCUGCACCGCAAGGCUGGCACCAAGAAUCUUCUGGAAAUUCAUGGUAGCAUAUUUAAAACUCGAUGUACCUCUUGCAGAGUUGUGGCUGAGAAUUACAACAGUCCAAUUUGUGCAGCUUUAUCAGGAAAAGGUGCUCCAGAACCUGAAGCACAAGAUGCCAGAAUCCCAGUUGAGAAACUUCCCCGGUGUGAAGAGACAGGGUGCGGGGGCCUGCUGCGACCUCACGUAGUGUGGUUUGGAGAAAACCUGGACCCUGCCGUUCUGGAAGAGGUUGACAGAGAGCUGGCCCUCUGUGACUUAUGUCUAGUGGUGGGAACUUCCUCUGUGGUUUAUCCUGCUGCCAUGUUUGCCCCCCAGGUGUCCGCUAGGGGAGUGCCAGUGGCCGAAUUUAACAUGGAAACCACCCCAGCCACGAACAGAUUCAGGUUUCAUUUCCAGGGGCCCUGUGGCACAACCCUUCCUGAAGCCCUGGCUCCUCAUGAAACUGAAACAGGUUCUUAAUUGUCCUGGAGAAGGAAGAAAUUAUAGUACAUCUCAAUACCAGGCCUCAAACAGAGGAGAGACAGUCUUAUGGAUGGCAAGCUGAAUACUGGAAGAUCUAAAAAUACCCUAUGAUUACUUGUCUGGGGUCCAGCCUGCUGAUUACUGAUAGGGCCUUAGAGGUAACAAUAGCAAAUGGAGUUACCUCUACCUUUACAUACAAAAAAGAAGUCAAAGGACUGUAAAGUUAAUGCAUGUUAUUUGGCUGGAACUUAAACAUAAGAUACCUCUGAUGUGUUUGGUUGGUUAUUGGGAGAAAAUUCUAAUUAGAGUAUUUUAAAAAUGUAAUUAUCCUAAUUGUAUUUUUGCCAUUUGGCAAAGAUGGAAGUAGGUAAAAACCUUGAUAUUUCUGAUUUUUGCACAAGUUUGGAUAGAAAAUAAAAUCACUCUCUACAGUAAGUUAUUGUAUAAAGAUGUGACCCCAUGAGACAUCUAU